GAAGUAGUAGACACAGAAUAACUUAUAGAAUAAUAGUGAAUAUUAAAUACCGGCAAGAUUCCAGAAACGCCAAUACAUCAAUGCUGUUUAUUAAUUUAAUUGUUUAUGAUGUUCAGAGGUCACCAACUACUGAGUAUUGACUAUACUACCCUAUUUGUGAGAAUGAUAAAAUGUAAAGCGUAAAGCCUUGGAUCUAUCACCAUCUUUUGACUAAAUAUUUGGAAAAUGAUUUCAAAAAAUGGUAUCGUUAGUGUUUACGGUUUUCUGUUGGGCUUGUCUGUCUUGUUCGUGUUGUUGUUAAUCCAAAAUAACAUCUUGCUGGAUAUCUACACGGACCUUACUAUUGUGAACCCGUUGCAUUUGUUUAUUGUGUAUGCAGCUAUUUCCAAUGUCUUGGUACGCGUUAUAAACAGAGGUAUCACUUAUAAAGUUUGUGCCCAGGCUUUAUUCUUGGGUUUGGCUAUGGCUGCAGGAUUGUUGAUCUCGAUCCAAGCACCAGCCUCAUGGAAGCCUUUUGGAUGGUACAUAUGUGUGAUGGCCAUAUUUCAUUACUCAGAGUUCCUCAGCAUAGCCGUGUGUAAUCCUAAAACUCUAACGUCUUCAUCGUUCAUGUUGAAUCACAGUAUUGCGUAUGGUGUAGCUGCCACAACCAGUUGGCUGGAAUAUUUACUGUGGCAUUACUUCUUACCUGAUAUGAAAGCUAUUCAUGAAAUUAGUUACUUUGGUCUUGUGCUAUGCGCUUUUGGAGAAAUGUUGAGAAAAAGUGCCAUAUGGACUGCUAGAGACAAUUUCACGCAUUUAGUGCAACAAGAAAAAGCACAGACACAUAUACUGGUCACACAUGGUGUAUACUCAUGGUUCAGACAUCCUAGUUAUGUUGGAUGGUUUUACUGGUCAAUAGGCACACAGAUCGUUAUGAUCAAUCCUGUGUGCGUGGUGGCAUAUGCUCUGGCCAGCUGGAAAUUCUUCAAGGAUCGAAUCUACUACGAGGAAAUCACGCUCUUGAAUUUCUUUGGAGAAGAUUACAUAUCAUAUCAGGAAAAAGUCGGGAUUGGCUUACCAUUCAUUAAGGGAUUUGUGGUGACCCGUGACAAUGAAUAAGUAACAAAUGUAAACUCUUAUCCAAUUUGUAUUAACUGAUUGGAAUUAAACAUCAAAAAACAUAUUAAACAACCAUGUAAAGUUGUUUAUAUUUUGUUUCGCACAUAAUAAAUUAACCAAGUGCAUACAAAUAUGUAUAUAAUAUAUUUAAAGUAUAAAAAUAUAAAGUAAUACAAAAGUCUAUUGUUAAAUUACUUUUGUGUAAAAUAAGUGAUUAAAAAUAGCAUUUAUAUUUAUACUUAUGUAUGUAUAUAUAUAUUUUUAUAACAUGUAUUUUGAUAUUAAUAAUAAUAAAAAUAAUAAUU